AGUCUCCUUUGCAGUUUUCAGAUGCUGCUAGUUCCCGAUGUAAAGAGAUCUGGGUGAGCUCCCACAGGCAACUGCUGGUGCAUGAUAAGGAGAUGUUGCAUUCCUGUUUUAUGAAGGAGAUGGGGUCCCGCUUGCCUCUGUCACCUGUGUGGGUGGUUACACAAAAGCUGCCAGUGAGAGUCAUGGUAAUACAGUCUCUAACCUGCUGUAUUCCAGGGUCCUGCUGGCAUUGUACCAAAAUGUUACCUGCUAGUGCAGGCCUCCUCGGCAGGAUGAAUUACAGAAUUAUGAGCCAGUGCCUGAUGCUGCUACUGGUUUUCCACUGGGCUCCAAAAACAGCAGAAGCCCAAGAACAUAGAACCGUUGGUACGGGCUCUUCAGUGCUGUUGACUGCAUUGCCCAUCAAUGACCAAACAGUCAUAAAACAUAUACAGUGGGAAUACAUAAGUAGUGCCCCAACUCACGGUAUUGUGGAUUACUAUGGAACUGGAACAGAACCUAUUAUCUCUAAUUCCUAUAAAGACAGAGUCAUUUUCUAUUCAUCCAACGGCUCCCUCUUGUUGAAAAACGUACAAGAGACAGACAGCGGGACCUACAGAGCUACCGUCAAUUUGAACAAAAUUGAAGCCAGGCAAACUACACUGCUAGUCUUAGAGCCUAUGUCCAAAACUCAGAUACAGAUAAAUUCUACUGUGGCUGGUUCCUCCAUUGAAUUAUCCUGCAAGGUGCUGGUUGGCAAAGUGCAAGCUAUUGACUGGAAGAAAGAUGGGAAGCCCCUACCCAGGAACAGAUGUUACCAGGUCUCUGAAAACUUCAGUCUUUUGUACAUACCAGAAGCACAGAAAUCAGAUUGUGGAUCCUUUUCCUGCAAUGCCAGCAAUGAUAUAAGCUGGCAGGAAACCUCAGUGAAUUUGACCAUUGAAGGUAUCAUGCCUUCACUAAAGCAUGCACUGAAAAUUUCUACUGUUGCUCUUGCUAUUGCAACAACAUUGGCUGCUGGAUCUGGAUUGGGCUUCAUUAUCUUGUGCUGUCAAUCAGAAAAGAAAAAAAUUACCGGAGAGCUGUGGAGAUGGCUUAUCGUAUUCAUCCAUGGGCUGGUGUGUGUCUCGGCCAUCCUGAUGUUCACUGCUGCUGUCUUCUGGAUAUGGGAAGAAGGUCUCUCCACAGCCCUUGUAUUGUAUAUGAUCUUCCUCACGUGGAUGAUCAUGGUAACGCUUCUCAUAAGUGUGGUCUUGGCAAUUUGUCCCCAACACCUUGAGAUGUUUAAAAAGAAAACAAUGUACCGUGUCAUUCUGGAUACUGCAGCUCUUGGGGGAGUGAUUCUAGUUGUGUUGUUUGCCAUCUUCCUUACACAGAAUAUCCAGCAUCUCCAAAGAAAAGGCUGCUCACCAUUUUUUGACAACACAGCUGCCAUCCUUAUCACUGCUGCAAUUUCUCUCCUUAUUCUUCUAGCGCCCUUUGUGUGGUAUCACAGGAAGAAAAAAAGCCAAGAAAAGAAUCAGCAAAAAAGAGAACCUGUAGAAGUAAGGAUGCAGUGCCCCAGAAAACCUUUUCAUUCGACUUUGAAAAUAUUCUCAUUGGUUCUCCAUAGUACCACAAAAACUGAGAGAUCCCUCAAUUCAGCCAGAACUUUUUUGAGCUUCCAGUACUUCAAAACACUUUACAACUGCUUGUGUAAAUAUACACCAACACACAGGACUAUUGUUUAACAUUUAACAGUAAAACACCACAUCUUUUUAGGCCAGGAAGAGAAGAAUUUCACAUGGAAUUGAAAAACUGAGAAUUUCUGGAAGCAAAAUGUAAUGAAAUAAGAUGGACUGUAGCCAGGACGGUGGGAUCAGCUCUGCUGCUUUUCCAGUGGCACUCUUUCCAUUUUUCAUGACCUGGCAGAGAGGAGUUGUGAAUUUUGCAUCUGCUCUGGAUGACAAUGCAUCUAGGAACACAAUGCCUCCAACACCAUGCUUGGCCAUCAGUGCAGUUCUGACAUCAGGCUAGAUUGUAGAGGUGGCAAUACUCGAUUUCUUGCACAGCCCCCUGCAACUCAGCAAUAGCCUCUUUGUCUUGGAAGGAAUUGUAUCCCAUACAGAAACACCAAUGCUAGUUCUGGCAGCACCUGUUUUCUUCCUGGAGCUGCUCUCAUCAAGAGCUCUCGUUCCCUCUGCUGUCUGAGGAGGUGUCAUGCCUAAGCUCCUGGAAGAUGUCCCUUUGUUGUCCAGGCCUGGAGCUAUAACAGUCCUUGGAUGACCAGAGCUGCAGAACUGACCAGCCAGCAAGCACGGUUAAAGGGACACUUGAGGUGAUAGCUAACAUAGCUGAACAAAUUUCAAACAUUUUUACAUUUUCAUUGCUUUCCUAUGUAGAUACAGUUAAAUGAGGCUCCAGAAGCCGAAAGCCAGGAAUGAAAGAGGUACCUGGGUCUGGACGGCAUCCUCCGCGGAGUCACACCCCAUAGGCUCCUCAGGAUAGCUGGCAAGCGGUUGGUUUGGCAGCUCCUCGGGGUAACUGGCACACGGUAGGCCUGGCAGUUCCUUGAGGUAAUGGGCGAGCGGUAGGCUCAGCAGCCUCUCUGGGCUCGGGCUAGUAUCAGGCGUUGGCUGGUCUGGCCAGUCCUCGGGUCGGCCACCAAUCGCGGUGGUCUCCCCACCAGGAGCUACGCCACAAGCGUCUGGUCACUCCGGUGGCUGAGAGACAAGUGAGCUUUGGAGUCGGGCUUUUAUACUUCCUGUCCUGCGCCUUGACCUCUGAGGGGCGGGCGCAGGGUUUGCUGGCACCGCCCACUUUGGCAUCCAGAGAGGCUCAUCCCCUCCGGGGCAGCAGGGAGCCUCGCUACAGUUUCCAAUUCCUGAAGUAGACUAUAUAAAAGUGGCACCUUAUUCAGCAGUUCUGCCUUUUUUUCCUGUAAACUGAGCACAUUUGACAGGGAAUCACUGAAGUUAUGUCUACACUGCAAUAAAAAAAACAGUACCCAGUCACAGAGCCCAGCUAAAUUGACUUGAGCUUGCAGGGCUACAAAUAGCAGUGUAGACAUUCAGGGUCUGGGCUCUGAGACCCAUCCCUCUCAUGAGCCCAAGUCAGCUGAGCUGGCCCAGCUGCAGACAUGCUGUGGGACUUUUAUUACAGUGUAGAUGUACCUUGAGAGUCAGUCACUUUUCAGAGUAGAAUCAUGCUCUGCUCACCAUGCUUAAUGUAUCCCAUAGGCUGGUAAUGGAUCGCUAGAAGGUACAAGAUUUCAUGGUUUGAGAAUUUGAAAGAUGAGAUGGGGGAAAAACCUCCAAACUACCUGUCAGCUUCACUUGGCACCUAGGCCAAAUCGGUGUGGAAGACUUACAUAGAAGUUUUCUUCAGACUUCUUUCCAAAGAUUUUUUUUCAGAAUAAUUCAUCUUCAUUCAUUCUCUACUGAGGUAAAUGAAGAAUUCAUUCCCCACGUUCAUUCAGUCCUGAUCUUUUUCACACUAUUCCUUCAACUGAUCUCGAUCAAGGUUAGAAAUAGACCAGUUUUCCCCAAAAAUCUCAUUUUGAGCUAGAAAUGGACCUGCAGUUUUGCCUCUCAAGUUUAUGGUAAGUAUGAGUGAGAGUGGGAAACUGUGUGUGUUGUGUUGGGACAGUUGUUAGUUUGUGCAGGUAAUAAAUGGUGUAUGCUGUGGUGAGGGGCUGUGUGUGUUAGUUGUGUUGAUUUGUAUGUAGAAAGAGUUGAGCUGGGAGAUUUGUAUUUUGUGCACGUGACAGUUGGGCACACAGGUUGGGCAGUUGGUCCACCUUCAGUGCAGUCUCCCUCAUACAACCAAUGAAAUUGCUGCAUGCAAACUAGCUUGUAGAAUAAGGGUGGUGAUUGGUUGUAUCACCCUGAUAUCACAAUGGUCUAGGUCUCUUGGCAUGGCACAUUCCAUACUGUAGCUGUACACUGCACAAGUGUGAUUUGUAAAUUCAAAAUGGCUGAGAACUUAAAAAUGGAAUAUUAACAUAUCGCAAAACUCAGUGGUUAUUCCUCCUGGUGAUAUUCUGAACAAAGUGCUCUCAGCCAUGAUUGCAGCUGUUUCCAUUGCUUCACACUGACUCAGAGCAGGCUCCGGCAUAACAAUCCUAUUAUAUAGACUUUCAAAAUUUCUGGUUGUCGUAGGGUUUCUCUCACUUAUCUUGUCACUGAGUGCAAGAAACUAAAUAAUAUCUGAGGAGAGCUGGGGUGUGUGUAUGUUCCUUUUAGCCCCCUCCCCUUCCUUUUUCCUUUUGCCAAUCCAUUACUUUUCAAAACGUCUCAAACUUUUGCAAAAGUUAUGGCAUGGCAGAAGAAAAAAUGUAAAGUUACAAAGAGGUGUCGUUUCAUUUUUCUUGUUGCCACUUUUCUGAAUUUCAACUUUGAUUCUGCAAACAUCUUUCACAUGCUUAACUUUACUAGUGGGAGUAAUCCAAUGAUUUCAAUGGAACUACUCAGAGUAGUAAAGUUAAGCACAUUCAUACGUGUUUGUAGAAUUGGAGCUAUGAGGGAGUUUGGAAAAGGUGUGUCAAAAGGGAAAAAAAUGGAAAAAGUGAAAAAAAACCCCACAACCCCUCUAAACAAAAUCUUGGCAUUCAUUCUGUUUCAGUCAGUGGCAAAGGAACAAGAAAGAAAGUGGGUGGGAGACCGUGCAGUUUCAAAUUUUAAAAAAGUUUACUUUUGAGGAAAAAGAGAGAAGGGGAACGUAUGGGGUUGUUUUUGUAUUUAAUUGUUUUUCUCACCUCUUCCCGUGAAGAAGGAGGAAAAGUGUUUGUUAUAGAAAUGGGAGGGAAAGUCUGAAAACAAGUGUAUUAUUUCAGUGGCCAAAAACUAAAAUAAAAUGAAAAGUGCAAUUCAGAAGUAAACAAAAUGAAACUUUUCCAUCUCAUUUUGAAGGGGACAGAGGUGAACGGCUAGAAUGAGGUGUGUCUUGAAAGGGGGAGUGUGAGUGCAGGGAUUAGGGAGGAGAUAGCGGUGGGGCUUACUCCAGUGUUUGCUGGGCAGAAAGGUGGAAAAAUCUUAUACAGAUGGCCUUUUGUGGGUGGAUUGUGUGAUGUGUAUUCAUAGAUUCCAAGGCCAGAAGGGACCAUUGUGAUCAUCUAGUCUGACCGCCUGUAUGACACAGGCUCUAGAACUUUCCCAAAAUAAUUCCUAGAGCACAUAUUUUCGAACAACAUCUAAAACAUGUUGGUGUGUUGUGAGCGUGCUGGUGUGUUGAUGGUGCAAAGGUGUGUGAGAUGUGGAUGGUGCAAUGGUGUGUUGGAGGAGUGUGCAUGUUGGUGUGUGUGUGUGUGGGGGGGGGUGUUUGGUACAAUGCUCUGUGAUAUUUUUUAAAAAGGAGUGGAAAACUCCUUAAUGGUGUAAUAGAAGACAGGCUGGAGAGCCCGAAAAUUGGAGCCAAGGAAUUCUGAUAUAGAGAUUUUUAUAUUAGAUAUAUAUUCAAUCUUCUUGAUAUCUUAUUACUUAGCUUUUUAUCUUUUGAAAAGAUACUGGGUUUACUGGGUUGGCGUGGAUUUUAUUUUCAAAGCUAAGCAGUGUGCAUGUUCCCCUUAGCCUGCUUUCCAUUGUCAUAUCACUGUGGCUUGCCAUAAAUAGAAACAGUGGUUGCUAAUUUCUAUUUUGGUAAAAAUGGCUGGUCAUUGCUUUGUCACCAGACUAUCUUUGGUAACCCAAGCCCAGAUCCUCAAAGGCAUUUAGGUCAUGGGAGUUAGGCACCUUUGAGAAUCUGGACCCCAGUUUAUGUAUUGGCAGGACAUCAUUCUGCUCUCUCUCUUUUGCUUAUAACAGAUAUAUUUGUAUUUUUCAUUUAAUACUUUAGUUUUUUGUUUUGGUCUCCUGGGCAUUUUUCCGAUCGCUGCCUAGAGGGUCAGAAAGGAAUUUCCCAGAGUUUUUCCCCUCUUUAAAAAGAGGGGUUUUCCCUCUGGGUUUUUGCCUUUCUCAGGAGAACUACUCAGGACUAAAAAUAUAUUUUGCCAGUUUGACUCAGUUAAUUUGUUGCUAAUUUGACUCAAUAAAUUCACUGACAGUUGGGCUCAAUAAAAAACUUUCAUUUUUAUAACUGAACCUACA